AAAAUUGCAAGGUCAACCUUUUCAUGCUUUUCAAAUACCACAAAAAAAACCAUCAUGUAUUCCUAGAUUUACUUCUGUGAGACCUUUUGCACAAUCAAGAUCAGUAUUAAGCAAAGUUUUUAAUUAUUUUUCAUCUGUAACUUAUGAAGAUAUUAAAGAUUUCAAUGAAAAUCAUUCAAAUCAGAAAGAAAUUCACUGUCAUUUUCAUUAUCAUUUUUGA